GGAGCUUUCUUACAUAAGAAUCCAAGGGAGGGAGAGAGAGAGAGAGAGAAGGGAAAGAGGAGACACAGACAAAAAAGAAACGGAAAAGGAAGAAGCAAAAAAAGGUCUGUGCCUCCUCUUAUAUAAUAGCUAGUUUCUGAGACCAUAACAAAAAAGAAGAAGAAGAAGAAGAAGAAGAAGAAGAAGAAAGAUCACAUGGAUUAUGAAAGUAACAAUUGGAUUUGGGAGGGGGUAUACAACAAUCCACAUGUGUUUGGUGGUCUAAUGGUCACAGCAGCCUUGCUGGGCUUGUCAACCAGCUACUUUGGUGGGAUUGGGGUUCCUUUUUUGCCACUGCCAUGCUCCUGGUCUAAUUUGGGGAUUUUCCACAAGAAGAAAUCUGGGAAGAGGCGCGUUCGAGUUUACAUGGAUGGCUGUUUUGAUCUGAUGCAUUAUGGCCAUGCCAAUGCACUCAGACAAGCAAAAGCUCUAGGAGAUGAAUUGAUUGUGGGUCUUGUCAGUGAUGAGGAGAUUGUAGCCAAUAAAGGGCCACCUGUUUUGUCCAUGGAGGAGAGGCUGGUUCUUGUCAGUGGAUUGAAGUGGGUGGAUGAGGUCAUAACUGAUGCUCCGUAUGCAAUUACUGAACAAUUCUUGCAUCGUCUCUUUCAUGACUACAAAAUUGACUAUGUCAUACAUGGUGAUGAUCCUUGCCUGCUUCCAGAUGGAACAGAUGCUUAUGCUGCAGCAAAGAAAGCUGGACGUUACAAGCAAAUAAAACGUACUGAAGGAGUUUCCAGUACAGAUAUCGUAGGAAGAAUACUGUCUUCUUUAAGAGAUCCAAAAAAUUGUGAAGAUAAUAAUGGUACUGAUGUAAAAUCUCAAGAAGAAAGCCAAUCAAAGGGUUCCAGUGUAUCCCAAUUCCUACCAACUUCCCGACGUAUUGUCCAGUUUUCAAAUGGCAAGGGUCCUGCACCAAAUGCUCGUAUUGUAUACAUUGAUGGGGCAUUUGAUCUCUUCCAUGCAGGGCAUGUUGAGAUACUUAAGAGGGCUAGGGAGCUUGGAGAUUUUCUUCUAGUUGGUAUCCACUCAGACGAGACAGUGAGUGAACAUCGAGGAAAUCACUAUCCACUUAUGCAUCUACAUGAGCGUAGCCUUAGCGUGCUAGCUUGCCGUUAUGUUGAUGAAGUCAUUAUUGGUGCACCUUGGGAAAUUACAAUGGACAUGAUCACAACUUUCAAUAUUUCACUAGCUGUGCACGGGACUGUUGCUGAGAAGUCAUUGCUGAGUGAAACAGAUCCUUACAAGGUCCCAAAGAGCAUGGGAAUAUUUCGCUUGCUCGAAAGUCCAAAAGAUAUUACUACUACCUCAGUAGCACAAAGGAUAAUGGCGAAUCAUGGAGCUUACAUGAAACGCAAUGCUAAGAAGGCUCAGAGUGAGAAGAGAUACUAUGAAGAGAAAAAAUACGUCUCUGGAGACUAGCAUAUAUAGAAUCAUCAUGCUGCUUAGUUUGGUAUUGCUCUUCAAGCUUACCCCUGUCACCGAGAUGCUGGAUAUAGCUGGAAUCUAUAGACACUUUGUGGAGGACGAGAAGUAGAGAGUAUUGCAUAGAAGAGUAUUGUGGCCAUAUCUCAGGAAUACCAAUAUACUAUAAUGUCCUGACAUUUUACUAUUCAUCUGAAAGGCUCCCAUGUGGUUAGCCCACCAGUUUUGUGGCAUUUGGUUUUUGCUUUAUUUAGUGUACUCCAAUUAGAGAUGCCUUACGCUGACAGUGUAUUUUAAAUAUAGAAGUUAUAUGCAUCAUGAAUGGCCCUGCCUUGAUUUAUUUCAAACUGGAAGAAUCAUUU